UGACUGCCCGAGGCCCCUCCUGCCGCGGCGAAGGGACUCCAUAAAAGCCCGGUUGCGACCCGCUUUCCGCACCCCAGCCGUCCGCUCUCAGCCUGCGGAGAGACGCGCCCCGCCGCACCGCACCCGCCGCGCAGCCUGAGCCGCCAUGCCCGGUAGCAAGACAAUGGGGCUGUCGGGCCUGACCCUCGCCCUGUCCCUGCUCGUGUGCUUGGGCGCGCUGGCCGAGGCUUACCCCUCCAAGCCGGACAACCCGGGAGAGGACGCGCCCGCAGAGGACAUGGCCAGAUACUACUCCGCGCUGCGACACUACAUCAACCUCAUCACCCGGCAGAGAUAUGGCAAGAGAUCUAGCCCGGAGACACUUAUUUCAGACCUCUUACUGAGAGAAAGCACAGAAAAUGGCCCCAGAACCAGGCUCGAGGACCCUUCCAUGUGGUGAUGGGAAAUGACACUUCCUCACCAGCCUUUUCCUCUGUUCAACCCAUGUCUCAUCUCAUCCUGUAAAAUUACUCUGCCUGUCCUACCAACGCAUGUGGCUGCCAUGCUGAAUUCUACACCAUUUCCCUUUGCUGUCCUUGUAUAUAUGUGUGUCUAAAUAAAGUAUCAUGCAUUCAAAA